AGAUAACAAAAUCAAAAUUAACGGAUUUAAAUGAUUAAUACAGUGCAAAUUCACAAUGUGCCAUCAACAUCAAGGAAAAGUACGAGAAAAAUGAAUCGUGUCAUCCUUUCUUCUGUUCUUCUGCUCGCAAUUCUCGCCUACUCCAGUGCCGCUCCUGUUCAACAAAGCUUCUUGUUGAGCCCAUCUUCCGAUGCUCCAAAGCUUCAAGAUGUCCAGCAAGCUGUCCAAUCCACGGAGGACCCAGAUGAAGAAUUCCUGAAACAAUUCGGGGAAAAAUACACUGGUAUUCCGUCAAAUGAUGGUCCAGUUACCGGAGGAACCCGAAUUUACACAGCAGUCUUUGAAACAUUUGCCCCGGAAAUUUAGUGCUCCGAUGACAUUUUAUUUUCAAAAUAACUUGUUUUUUUUAAUACGUUUCUAUAAAUUCUUUAACAAAUA